UUUGUUUACAGGUACCUACUAUCAUUCCGAAGAAUUAUUACAUGAAUUAUAUGAGAACCUAAAGGAUUCUAUUAGUAGAUUUAUAUGAUUAAGAUGGGUCAAGUUUUAAAAGAUUUUGCUCUUACUCUAAACUUAAGGAAACAAUGAUGUCCAUUGAAAAUAUAGAUCUAUACAGAAAAUAUUAACACGUUUGUAUGAGGCCUAUUUGUUUUCUAGUUCGAACUUAUUUCAAACCACUGCAAAGUCACCGUUUCUAUGUAAACAACUUUGUGUCAUUUCAUGAGUGAAGUGAAUACUGCGGUAUGGAAAUAUUGCAAAAGUUUAAACAAAAUGGAUAUUUUACAGCGGAAUUGUACCACUUACUUUCUAAAAAGAAGUUGUGUCCUGAUUCCACGGAGAUUACUCCAUCGGAUUAUGAGAAAGAAAUGAAAAUGUCUACGCAGCAGCGGCUGCAGACUUUAAAUAAUAUUGAAAUGGACAACAUCAUAAGCAUUGCUGGCAAGCAUCCUAACAAGACUGUGUUAUUGUUUUCGCCAAAACUCCUCGUGUUCCAAAACUUUAAGCCUAAUGACAAAAUAGUCGCAAAAUUUUCGGUUAAAAAUAUAAGCCAGGGUCCUACUUGCCUCAACAUGGUAUUUAAAGAGUCGUCGUACUUCUUCAUCAAGCCGUACGGAGGGCAGUUGCUGUCCAGGUUGGCUCCUGGCAUAAGCGUAACGUUUGCGAUUACCUUCUUGCCUGUACAAUACGAGGACUACACUCACAGAGUGACUUUUUAUACAGAUCAUGAUCAAUAUGUUUUGCCUCUAAUUGCAAUGGGUCCACGACCUAUUUUCGAUUUUCCUGAUAGAGUAGUGAUACCAAAGAUUCCACUGAAAGUAGAAAAUAAAGUUUUGCUGACGAUCCACAACAUUGGCAUGGUGCCUGCUGGAUUUACACUCACUUGUAAAUGUCCAUUUUCAGUGCAGCCAAAAUCAGCGUACUUGAGUAAAGAUCAGAAGAUCGAUAUCAACGUCGCAUUUAAAACAAUGCAUUUAGGGGACACAAAUGGAAUGCUGAGUGCUAUUUUUGAAACUGGGGAGAACUUCAGUAUAAUGCUAUCGGGGAGCACUCACACCGUCAGCGUGGAAUUCGAAAAGCAAGUGGUGCGGUUCUUUGACACCUACAACACAAUGAUGCGCCAACAGUCUUUCAAGAUCAUCAACAAAUCUGAUCAUUUGCUCACUUACAUGUUUAUGAAGAACGACAACGUUUAUUAUGAUUUCGAAGAGAAAGUAAAAUUAGCAACAAUAUUUUACAACAUGAAGGAAAGUGAGUCAGCAAAGUACAUGAAGUUGGUACAAUACGACGUGCUGAGCAGUGACGAGCACGAAAGAGUCUACACUAGGAUAUUUUAUGACGAGAUCCAAUCACUUGUGGCUGACGAGACCUUACGUUAUCAAAAUACUCACUUCUCUAUAGAACCAAUCAAAGGAAAGCUAUGGCCCAACAAAGCAACAGAGCUUACAAUAACGUUCUGCCCCAAAGAGAUCGGGGAGUUUCACACCACAGCUUACAUCGACAUCGAUGGUUACGUCAACCGGGUACCCUUGGAUCUGGUGGGCAUCUCCCUGCCUCCCUCUAUCAACCUGAACAUUGAGACGCUCGAUAUGGACUGCGUGUAUAUCAACAAGCCUUAUAAUUACGAGAUCGUUGCCAUUAACAAAGGACACAUAAACGGAGUAAUAGUAUACAAAGAUAUUCCUACACUAUUUGGCAGCAUAAUAUCUUGUACUCCGGAGCUACACUGCUUGAAACCCGGGGAUAAAGAAAUAUUUGUAAUUUCUUUUUGCAAUUCCAAUCAGGGACCCUUUUUUGAAGAAGUUAAUUUUAGCAUUCGAGAUACAGAUGUGGUCUUAAAGCUCUAUUUGAAAGGCGAAGUAAUAUAUCCAUCACUUACUUUCAGUAUUCCGUGUUUAGAUUUUGGUAUGGUUAGUGUAGGUGUACCCAAAACACUGGAAUUGGACGUUAUAAAUGAGUCAGUGGUGCAUGUCUGCGGAUCUCUAAAGAUAUCGUCGGAUGGUCCAGAAAUAAGUAGCAUUACGCUAAUCGACUAUGCAGUCAGUGACCCCAAGCCUGAAAUUCCGCAAUGGCCGAGGGAGUUCAACAUAGAGCCUUGUAAAGUAGACAUAUACCCCGAGACAAGGAUAUCUAUAAGGGUUACUUUGACGGCAAACUUAGUGAGAGCGAAUCAGACAUCACUUGAGUUGGAACUGGAAAAGUCUGACAGUCCACCGAUAGUUCUCCCCGUCAUGUUCAACGCUAUGGUCCCCGAGCUCACGCACGCGCCUGAAAUCAAACUGAGAGCCUGUUUCGUGGACUUUGCUUAUCAUAAUGAGAUUAUGAUAACGUCGAAUAAUAUUAGAGGAUAUUUUACUCUGGAAGAUACUCAGGACCAAACGACAUUACAAGUGAAUGUCGGGAUAAAGGAAGGCUUUAUAGAGCCGAACAGUACGAUUUGCCUACCAGUCAGUAUAAAAACUAGUGUUCUUGGGAUCCAAGAAAAUGGUGUGAGAAUGCGUUUAUUUGGUCAGUCGAAGCCUCUGGAGAUCUGCCACAUCACGGGGUGCGGAGUCCGCCCUAUCGUCACGUGCACGCCCAUGGCAUUACAUUGGGGACAAGUUAAAUUACUGACCAAAUCGCAAAAAAUUCUGACGCUCUGCAAUGAUUCUCCAGUUAAUGUGAAUUUUACUGCGACCUUGUUGAACAAAGACGGUAGGUGGCAAAUAGCUCCAGCCGAAGGCUCUGUGGAGCCUGAAUCAGAAACAGAUUUGACGUUAACUUUGUAUUUAUUUGACGCUGAUUCCUAUACCAAUAAAGCAGUAAUACAUUUAGACAAAGUUAAAGACAUUUUAGUGCCGUUAUCUGCAACUGGUAUCGGGACGAGCAUAGUAGUCAGUGAAUUACGGGACCAAAUUGUUUUAGGACGACAUUUCACAAAAAUCCCGCUUGAUGGUAAAGUUAUUAUAGAAAACUGUGGAACACGUUUGCAUGCACUCGAGUGGAGCGAACAUUAUAAAGCUCCUAAAACUAAACAACCAGCAGCAGGUUUCUUCAAUUUGGAUCCUCGGUCAUUUAAAAUUUCUGCAGGGGAAAAAUUUGAAUUGACAGUAACAGGGAUUUCUUAUAAAGUAACGACCGUCAAAGAAAUGUGGUAUUUGGUCGGCAGUGUCGAAGGGAUAAAUAAAAAAGAGUUGUUAAUGGAGUGCCAGGUUGUAGCAGAGUUUGUGGAUCCUAAAAUAGAAGUGUCUUCUACAGUUGUAGAUUUUCAAUACGACUACGGACCUUACAGCGAAUUUUAUAAGUUGACAGAUAUUAUCACAAUAAAGAAUGUCUCCAAGCUGCCUCUGGAUAUAGACAUUAGUGUUAAGCCACCAUUCGCAAUUAUUCAGAAGCAAAGCACAUACAAAAUACCACCCGACGAAGAAAAUAUGUGUUGUUGCAUUCGAUACAGGAAAUCUGAUUUAAAUCUUCAAAAUAUAUUGAACAAAAUCGGUCCUCAUCAAUCACGUACAUUUAUUGACUAUCUUACGUCGAAACCCGUGCAGCCAUUGCGAAAAGGGCCUCUGCAAUUUUUUCAAGACAUCCAUAAAAUUAAAAUGGCAUUCAAUCUCACUCAUACGGUGGAGGAGCGAUUAGAAGACCAAGAUGUAAUGAAAUUGCAGAUUCUCUUCGAUACCACCAAACACCUGAAUCUCAAGUCUAGAGUGUACUGCGAUGUUAUGAGGAUUAAGUUUAAGGGACACAAAAACAAAGAUGCUAUAAAACUAGUCGGAAAAAUAAACUUCCCAAAUAUAUUUGUUUUAUCUCCCCGAGUAGAUUUUCAGUGCAUUUUAAAUGGAAGUAUACAAAGCAAACAAAUAAAAAUUCAAAAUGCGACACCACUUAUGGUUUGUUACAGAUUUCAUUGGAAAAAAUGUUUGAUUACAAAUAUUCCUGUGACACUUCCUAGUAUUACCGGGGAUUACACGUGUAACCGGAUCGGCCAACCGAUGCCUACCGACGUCACAGCGACAACUGGAAGUUGUUUGCAGGAUUCGCAAAGUCCACUCGGGUCACAAGAUAACAAAGAAAGCGGCAAUAAAGAGUCAGUGCUGAAUGAUAUCGCAAUGACUGCCACUGAUGUAGAUUUGAACGUAGAUAGUAACAAUUUGAGAGAUCGUCUGAUAAGAAAGAUAGCCCCCAUGAUAGACGGUGACUAUGACACUGAAUUUGAAUGGAUAUACAAGUUUGCCAGACUCACCAAGUCUAAUAACAAAAUUAAUAUAAAUGACGUACUGCAACUGGUGUCGCACCGAGGAAUGCUCAAGCCCGGGGAAACUCAGUACGUGCACGUGAUAUUCAGACCCAAGUUUAACAUCAACGUCCGCGCGCUGCUCGAGUGCGAAGUGUUGGGCGGGCCUCCGGAGACGAUCAUAAUUACCGGACAGAGCUCUGAUUUAAUGUAUGAAAUAAAUACUGAAACGAUUAAUUUCAAAAUAAGGUCUUUUCAUGAAAAUGCUAUUGAGCAGUUAAAAAUAUCUAAUAUAGCGCAACUCAAUUUUGAAUAUAAAACAUAUCUAAAUGAACCUAAGUUUGACAAUGAAUUAGAAGCCACAAUUCUUGAACUACAACCUUCCGAGAAAUCAUUAGAACCAGAGGAACAAGCGGAAAUGAAAAUUGUUAUGAGGCCUGGUGUUGUGGGUUAUUUUCGUAGAGUUUUCUUAUUAGAAAUUGGUCAUCUACCCCAUAUUCCUAUUGAAGUAUUCGGUUGGGGUGUUAUACCUCAAAUAUAUUUGACGUUACAUAAGCCGCAUACCAUAGAAGAACGGAAUCCAGAAAUCGGAUAUAGGGCCAUUCCAAGUUUGACGCAGCAAUAUUUGGCAGCACUCAGUGACAUUUUCAGUAAAGGCAAAGAGGAACACUUGAACUCACCUUUGACUGAAAAAUGUUUUGAAGAUCCUGAUUUUCAUGGAGACUGGCAUAUUUGUUCGUCUUGGGAUGGCUAUCCUUCCAUAAUGGACAUUGACUUGGCUAUAGAAAGACUAUUGGUGAUAGAACAUAUAAGGCAACGUCCGGAAAUAUUGGCCGCUUACUUUACGAGUUCGAAAAUGGGACCUAUUUCGGGGUUUUGCACUGCGCCCUACGUCAUCGAUUACGGCGUGGUCAUUACUGGAAGCACUGUGCAGUGUACAGCUGAGGUGAUCAAUUACGGACCGAUUGCGACGAAGAUGCAUUUCGCAAAAGGAACUAGUGUACCGCAAUGGUUGUCUAUGAAACUAUGUGGAAAGCUGGCUCCUGGGGAGACUGGAAAAUUAGAAGUUACGUUUACGCCCACAUCAGCUGAUUUCACUGAACUGGAGCAAAAUGUGGAAACAGCUUUUAACCUUGAGGUGCCAUACGGAGUAACAAUUCCAAUACAAAUCAAAGCGCUUUGCGCAGUACCGUACUUGGUAUCAAAUUCGACGUGCAUUGAUUUUGGAUCGGUGCGAUGUGGCGAUAAAAUUAUUAGUUCGAUUCCAUUAAAAAAUGUGGGUAGGCCUACAUGCAUUUGGUAUGUCACUUUGAGGCUGAAGGCACCGGGAGUUAUUCCCAUGGUGGUGCUCGACAGUUCAGGGAAAUACGAGCCUGGUGAAGGCGGCUGGCUCAGCGUUGCUUUCAAACCCACUAUGGAGAUGAUGUAUGAAGGCAUGCUGAUAUUCAGAUUUCACAUGAACCCCAAUAAAAUGACGAUCCCAGUGACUGGGCAAGGCAUAGUGCCCCACGUGCACGUCAUAGGGCCGAACGUGAACUUCCCACCGACAUUGCCGUGGGCUGAAAAAACUGACAUUUACUUCGGUCUUACGAAUCCUUGUCCGUUUCCCAUAGAGCUGAUAAUAGCUCAUACUGAUGACAAGUGGAAAGAAGAAGAUGAAAUAUUCCAACUUCUCUAUAAAUACUACAAUAAGCCAGAAGAAAUGUUGGUUCCAGCGGUUAAGCCGGGAGUAGGGCUGCCACGAGAAAUUGUCAACUUUUACCGUAACUUCAUCGAUCAAGUCAAAAAGACAAAAGAGGAUGAACUAGCGUUGAGCAAUAAAGUGAUUACGACUAAAGCUUCCACUUCGGCAAAGAAAAGUAAAAGCCCAAAGUCAAGUCAAAAAUCUCAGAUUCAGCCGAAAGAAACACCGCCUAUAAAGGUCCGAACUGAGGCUGAAAUUAUUGCUGACGAAAUCAGAGAUAUGAAAGAGAGGCGCGUUGAUCCGUUGCAGGCAUGCUUACAUGUUUUCGAUACCAACACAUCUGAUACGCCUAGCGAAAAACAAUCAAAAGGCAUUCUCAUAUUUUUUCAUGGGUCCCCGUGUGAAGAAAUGCAAUGUCAAGAAAUGGCGUAUACAGUGGGCAAACAUCUCGAUAUACCUACAAUAAAUGUGGAUCUGUGUAUAGUUCAAGCAUUAUGUGAAACUGACACUCCGGCUAAAGAUAUACUUGUGACUGCUAUUCAGGAAAAUUACGAGAUCAUGAAAAGGAACAUGAGAAACGACUCGACUCCUAAUGACGAACACGAUGAAGAUGAUUUCGACGAGUUACAAGAUGAGUUCGAAAUUCUUUUAAAGAAAAUUCAAUGUCUGGCCAACACGAAAAACGUGGCCACUCCUCGUUCGAGAGCCAGCGAUAAGAAGAAAAAGCGCUCGCCCACUUCAUCAGUCGCUUCUCAUACUGUUUUGGGAGCUAUGGGAUCAACAACUUUGUUUCAGAUGGACUUGGUGGAAGAGCUUCUUUCUGAGUUAUUCCUUCAGCCGAAGUUCCACCGUGGUUUCGUGGUAGACUCGCUAACAAGCAUGGUGAUGAAGAAUCCACAGUUAGUGCUGACCACGCUGAUAAGGUGCAAACGUAGCAUUAAGAACUUGCACCUCGUACUGUGUCAUUCAGACUUCGCUAAAUGGUCACAAGCACAUGACGAAGCCCAACGUGAAGCUGAUAUCUUGUUUGACGAGACGCGUUCAAAAGUCUAUGAUGAGACUGAAAUACAAAGUAUUGUAGAAUCGUUUGACAAGAUGGACGCCCAAGAGUAUGAUAUGUCAUCACCAGAGUUAAAGGCCUUGUACAUUACUUACGGAUUAGACAGUAGAAGAAAAAAAUAUUUAGAAAAAGCGGGCUUGGAUUUCAGGCCAUCAACGGAAAAUAGUAAGAAAGAAAAAUCUGGUAGAGGCGAAACACGAAGUUCACAUUCGUUAGCAGCAGAUCCAGCUGAGUCUAAGAAAAAAAUGAAGAAAGAUGAUCCCAAAGUCAAGCAAACAACUGAACAUGCUGCAAUGAAUGCGAAAUACAACGAAUACAAUAAGAUUACCUACGAGCAACUUAUAAAUAUCGCAAAUAAUUGGAUCAUAGACGACGCUGAUGUGGGCACGCCUUUAUUAGCCUUUAACGGACAAGUGGUAGGAGUAGCUCAAAAGAAACUGAAGAAAAAAUCUGAAGUGCAACUGCAGGUAUCAGAAGCCAAUUUCGCCGAGAGAGGAUUCCCGUUGACAUUAAUAAUGUGUCCGUGUUUGCACUACAAGCAAGCUCUGGCCAGAAUGUUUUCGCACUCCACCAUCGUCAGAGAAGCUUUAACUGAGGAAGAGCCAUGUGAUCUACUUAAAUGUCCUGUAAAUAGAAAAGAAUAUACUGUCUUAUUACCCAAAACUUUUCCAACAAUACAUCAUGAGCCACCGCUUAAAUGGUGGUAUUUAGACGAAGCUCCGAUAAAAAAGUGCGAAUGUAAUCAAUUGACAGAUCUGAAUUUGUUGGAUGACUCCAAUCAAGAUAAUGUGUUAAAUAUUCUUUCGAAGUGGCAUUGCACUUGUGGCAAAAAGGUAACUUCUUCUCAAACAUCGACGAGUGACAUUCCAUCAACAUCUGUAGAGAAAAUGCACGAGGAAAAUGAAGACGUCCACGACACACGGCCUCUUCCGUUAACCAGCGUCAAACCUAUUGAGUCUCCCGGAGGACGUUUAGUACUGCAACCUGGAGAUCUCGUGAGAUGCAAAUACUCUUUUAGCCCGCAGGAAGAAGGAAACUAUAGCGUCAAACGAUUUGUUGAAGUCAGUGGGUGGCCUGAGUCGAGAACUGAUAUUAACGUUAACGGCAUCUGUGAUUUACCCAGAUUGGAUAGCCGCCCUAAAAAGAUGUUUGAAAAUUUUGUAAGAAGAACUCAAGAGAACAACGUAUACAAAAUCACAUAUUUGGAUGAUCUAAAAGUUUUUGAAUUUGGGCCGAUAUUUGUGGGAUCGAAUAGAAUCUAUGAGGAAGAUUACAAGAUUGAUUUAAAAAAUUCUUCACUAGUUACUGCAGAUGUUGUGAUUGAGUUUUUAGAAGACACGACAACAUUUCAAAUAGACAAAACUUUUAUGAAGUUGGAACCCGGUUGUCGAGACAAGCUGACAAUUUCCGCGGCUCCUGCAGAAGUGGGUGUACACAGGAGCGUAUUAUUAUUCUGUGUCAAGGAUAAUCCUGAAAUAGUAAUGGUGAACAUCGCUUGUAGCGGAGUUUAUCCGAUCGUGGAAAUACUACCGCUGACUAAGAUGAUUGAGUAUGGAAAGCUUUUACUAUACCGCCGAGAAGAUGAUAGAUUUAUUGUGAAGAACGAUUCGAUCCUUCCAAUAAUGUGGAAGAUACGCAACGCUAGUGAAUUUGUGGAAGACUUUAUAAUAUCGCAGACUUCUGGCAUUGUUCUGAGACAAGACAAUCAGGUCGUGCCUAUUACAUACAUAGCUUGCCGAGUUGGAGUUAUUGUUCAAAAAAUUUUGUCGAUCGACAUCUAUGACGCAGAAGGUCGCGGGGAUCCGAUGCUGGUUGACAAUUUGUCACUAUCAGCGGAGUGCUAUGACGUCAUGGUUGAAUGUGCGCACGAGAACCCAAGCGAGAACUACCUCAAUUAUGGCAACGUCAAAGUUAAUUCCACAGUUAUACGGGAAAUGUACUUGCUUAAUCGAGGAAAAUAUAAUAUUUUCUACAAGUUGAAAAAGGUGAAAAACUUCCCCGAACCCUCUCUCUUGCGGUCUUUCGAAGCUAUCCCAGAGUGCGGCAUGGUUCCUGCGACCCUCAAGCUGAUAGCCAUCGAGUUCGAGUGCACGCCCACCACGUCGAUGAACCUGGUGAACGUGCCCGCGUACACGUGCUCGCUGCUGGACGGCAGCAAGGACCAGGUCGUCGUGGCCAAGUUCCCAGUCUGCGUCACCAUUGCUUCCUUUUAUAAUACUUUUACCCUAUUCCCGCUGGGUGAAUUAAACUUCCACAUAAUACCAGUCGGUACAGGUAUAAUGAGGGAUGUUAUCCUGAACAAUACAAGCAAAUGUCCAGUAACCUAUGAGAUAGUUCUACCGGCUGCUUACAAAGUGGACCCUGCACUCCCUCCACCCGUCCCGAAAGGCAAAGAUAACAAGAUUAGAAAUCCUCCACUUAAAUGUGGCAAUUUCCUCAUCAUGAACGAAGACAACCUACUUCCUCCUGGAACAAGUCGGACCAUACAGAUUCAAUUUUUCGCGACAGCAGCGAAGAAGUUUGAGGAAACCAUCAAUUUUGUCAUAAGCGACACAUGCCCGGCGGAGGCUCAGGGCGUGCCUCUUAGACUAGUCGGUACAGGGGCUAUGCCCACCCUAGACCUGUGGAAUAUUGAGACAACCUUUAGAGAACAUUUAAUUGUUAAAAAUUUAUCUGAGUACAAAGUUCCAGAGUCGUCACCACAUUGUGUUUUUGCGGAGAAUUCAGUGACUCUGCAUUUUUUCGGCGUCACAGUCAAUUCGAGUCAUACGGGUGCAAUAGAUCUUUAUAACAAUGGACUUGUUGCAUGUGCACUUACUAUGAAACUUCAUCCUCAAACAAAUUCAGCGCCUGGUAUUUUCUCACUGGAUAAGUUCGAGACUCAUAUAGAACCUUUGCUGCACAAGAAUUUAGGAAUAAUUUUCACUCCGAAGGCACUGCAGGAGUAUCGUGCAGUAUUGGAAAUCAAAUUAAAAUUACUUGAUAAUCAAGAGCAGUCAUUCAAGAUAUGUCUGAUCGGGGAAGGCGUUAUACCUAGAAUAGCGUUGGUAUCACCUCGGCUGAAGCACCAGAGGGUUGCUUCGCUACAAUUCCCGGUCACAUGUCUAGGAUCCGUCAGCCACAAAGCUAUUCGCUUUAAAAAUAUUAGCUCUGUAAACAGCGUGGUCGUUUUAGACGUUUUACAAUCGAUGGAUGAAGUAAGACCCAUAUUCUGGUUGUGUGCUGCACCCGAAACUGAACAUAUGGUCUUACUUGGAGAUCCUGACGACAUCAACCUUCGCAUGAAAGUUGUACUCAGACCAGCGGUAUUAGCGGUUUUAUAUAUUUAUUAUAAUCCUAUAACUAAGGGAAAAAUAAGCUGUGAUGUGAAAAUUACUAUUGAAGAAAAUCCUUACGAAUAUUUUACUGUACUAUGUGAAGGCGAAUCGUUCAUGGAAGAUGUCAUAUUGAUGGGACUUGAAAUGCUCUCCAUGGACAUCGAUCUGGAAGCGUAUAAGUUGUCUGCAGAAGGGACGGUGUCAACUGUAUCUACCGUAGAAAAGAAGAGUAAAACGGCAAGUAUAGAGAAGAAGAAAUCCAAGUCGACUGCAGGAGCGACCGAUAGCAAGAAGGCGAGGAAGGUGUCCAACGCGUCUGCGCGACACAGUGAAGCAACGAGCAUGGAGCCUUCACUCCUCAAAUACAUCCUAAAUUUUGGUGGCUGCGAAUUAUGUUCUUUACAAAGAAGAUCAGUGGUGAUGGUAAAUAAUUCUGAAAAGGUAUACAAGUUCACGUGGGCCGAAGUGGACUGCCUCGUCAUCAAACCUUCCAUGGGUUACAUAUCGCCGGGUGAAGAGAAAGAUCUAGAAAUUAUUUUCUUUUCAGCACAGCCUAUUUCGUUACGAAAGGAGUUCCUAACUUGCACGUUGAUAGCUAUUAGUGAUGAUUCCCUAACACUGGAUAUGAAGGGGACUACUUGGGACAAUCGACAGAUAGUCACCCUGUUCGAUCAUAAUACAGAUUUAAGCCUCAAUCAAAGAUGUGAGACUCUUAUAGACGAACAAACGAUUCCGCCCUCAGAUUAUUUCUUAGGAGGCAUAAAUAUGGUGAUUGUAUAUUCAGCGCAAACUGAAUACACGAAAUAUCUUACUCAGUUACCGGAAAGUAAAGCAUUGCCUGAUACGUUUAUUUAUCAGACAAGACAUUUCGACUUUACCGUAGAAAAUGUUGGUCAUGUUCCCAUGAAAAUUGUAUGGAGUUUUCAAAUAGAUGACGAAUUUCCGGCACGAAUAGACAAGCACCAAAUGAAAAGUUUCGAGUUCAAACCGGAUGAAGUUCCUGAAAUAGACCAAAGUAUUGUGGGCAAUGUGUCUACAAACAACGGGAAUGACCCAACAACAGAACCUCCGGUUGAAAAUGAGCCGAGCAACGUGACGCUGUUCAGUAACAGUCAGGGCCGAGACAGCGUCGACACUUGGUUCGAAGUAGAUUUGCCGUUCUCAAUAGAGCCUAUCAAAGAUUGCCUGAUGCCUGGUGAAAGCCGUGACUUCAGGGUGACAUUUUCGCCCCUUGACGCAUUUGAUUUCAAAGUGAGACUGAAAAGUUCUAUAGAUAAUUUAGAUCCAUACGAUCAGAAUAUAUCGUGCAAGCUAACAGCGCGCUCCGUAAUCCCGUACGUCCACCUGGACAUCGAAGAGAGUGACUAUUUGACAUCAGGCAGAAGGAAGAUCACGGGAGUAGCCUUGCCUCCACAUAUGACUGUGUUGGAGUUCAAUGUUUUGGGCUCAGGAUGUUAUAAAAAAACAUUCAAUGUGAUAAACCCGACCAGUGAGGCGUACGAGUUCAUAUUCGAGAUGAUAAUGUCUGACAAGCCGGAGCUGAUCCCAGUUCACUGUAAUAUGCUGAAGGGCUACGUCGAAGGAGGCACGUCCACUGAUGUUACCUUCACGUUCUCCCCAACUGCCCCUGGGGAUUACGAAUCUCAGUGGAAAUUCCUUAUACCAGUAUACAACCUAGUAAUGAACAUAUUGGUCGUCGGCUUGGUAAGAGAACCCGAUGUCAUUUUCGUUCCAACAAUUCUUGUGAUCAGAAACUCAUUAGUCGGCUUCACGUCUACGAACGUCGUCAUGUUGAAGAAUAAUGAGACCGAAGCUCUUAAGUUUGAGUUCAAGGGUAAUUCGCUGUGCAAUGAAUCUGGCAAGACGCCCGUUAUUUGUGAACCUAAUCAAGGGAUGCUGAAACCGAGAUCAGAAACACCCAUAAACAUAAUUUAUACACCAAUCCAAGAUGGCCCAUUGUCGUUUAAAAUAUUUUGCAACAUUACCUAUUUGACCAAGUAUCUAACUCUUUGCGUGAAUGCGCUGAGCUUCUCAAUUAAACCCAAAGUGACUUACUAUUUGAUUGGUAAUGAGCAUAUACUGAACAGCGAAGCUAUUACUAAUAUACACUUAGAUCAGACUGCAUCAACAUACGAGAGAACAAUACCGUUUACUAUAAGGAACGAUGGUUCAGCAACGUUUUUCUUCGAGUGGAACUACAACGGGUCCAAUGUUAAGAAAUACAUGCAGCUGAGCGUGGAGCCCAAGAGUGGGCACGUCACGCCUGGAGGCGAACUGGAGUGCACUCUGUACUUUACCGUCAAGCAAGUGCCGGUGCAGGCAUUCCCUGUCACACUAUCGAUUUCAGAUGGUCCUGAGUACAGCAUUUUCAUUCACGCAGAAAUUGAGAAACCUUUGUAUCACUUCUCAUGCAUGAACUUUGACUUCGGAAAAUGUUUUAUUCAUGCUCCGGAUACCACAUAUAAGAGGAAUAUUGCAUUUACUAACGAUGAUAAAGUUCCAAUAAUAGUAGACUUAAACUUUGCAAAUCAGCCGGAACUAUUCGUAGAUUAUGAGAAAGUAUCGAGUGUGAAGCCAGGAAGGCGUCUGAAAAUAGCUAUCUACUUCAGGCCAAAGCAGGUCAAAGAAUAUGAAUUCACUUUGCAAUUUUGGGUGAACUCUCUUUGCGAAGAAAAUAUAGUUAUCAAAGGAGAAGGUAUUCCUCUCCUAUUCGAUCUUUACGAAGGCUGUCAAAAGAGUUUUGACUUGGGCCACGUGAAAGUCGGGGAAAAAUUAGUUCGCACAAUAGAAGUGAUGAACCAUAGUAAAAUACCAAUAGAAGCCUCUUACAUAUUUAGAGAAAUGUAUCCCAUGGUUGAUGAUACGACUAAGUCAGACGCUACCAGUGUUUGUUUAAGUCCAGGGACUUCACAUAUGCCUUCCAAUGUAGGGCCAUCGAGAGUGCAAAUGUUGCAAACAUACAAAAACGAUAAAAUUCGAAACCAAAUCGCUAUGGAUAUUCAGAACGCACUGUCUUCAUUGAAAGUCAUACCAAAUAAGUGCACGAUAAGCCCAUACAGAAAGGUUCCAUUAAAAAUACAAUUCAAGCCAGUCGGCAUGAUAAGCACGCUCAACGUUCAGUUAAAUAUGAAAGUGUUCCACUUUGAGCGGCCUCUAGUGCGUCUAAGCGGCUGCGCCACAGGAAUGAGCCUGGCCUUCAGUCAGAACUCGCUGCAGUUUGGCCGCGUGCGCAAGCGUGGGUGCAAGAUUCUAAAAGUAAUGCUACUGAACAAGGGGGAUUUUGGCGCCAGAUUUUGGUGGCAACCAUUGAUAUCGGAUGAAUUUACGAUAUCUCCGCAGUACGGCACGAUUGCCGCGCACACCAAUGUGACAUUUACCAUUACUUUCAGACCUAAAAAUCACAACCCCUUCAUUAAAGUAUGGGCAAGUUGUAACAUAGAAAACUAUACGCCCCUCGAACUAGCCCUAUACGCAUCUUGCGUCGACAUGGGGAAUGUUCAGAACAAAACUCUGUACUUGGAAUGCCCUGUCCGAGACAUAAGCACAGGCUACAUUACCGUCACUAACCCAACUGACGAUUUAUGGCUGAUUCUCUCUGAAGUAUCAGGUGGGCCGUUCGAAACUUGGAAAGAAUUCCACAUGGAGCCCAAUUCUACGUUAGAUAUUCCAAUCAAUUUUAAACCAAAAACUAUUGGAAAGCAUGAAAGUCAAGUCUUGUUUUCACCUCUGGGUGAAAGCGCGUUAUUUGUGUCAUUAAUUGGAGUUGCCGCUCAUCCUAACCCUAAUGGCACCAUCAAUAUAAAAGUUCCCGCCAAAGAUGUGCACGUUGAACCAUUGCCUGUGUAUAAUAUUUCUGAGUUCCCGGAAUCUUAUAUAGUAUCUACAGAGGUAGAGAGAAUAAGUCCUGACAGAUUCGAAGGCCACUAUGAAAUCAAGUGCCCAGAAACUAUCAAGACGUGGGGCGAGGCGACUGCCACGUGCCGAUGGACCUACGUAUGUUACGAGGAGUGCGAUAUGACACUUAAAGUGAUGUUCACAAACGAAGAGAGUCGCGAGUACCAAUACUAUAUCAUCAACGUGGCUGUGACGCCGAGUCACAUAGUAGACACUUUGACUUUCGUAUCACGUGCGCGUGAGAUGGCACAAAAUGAACUGAUCGUCAAAAAUCCGCUGGGAGAUGACGCUGAAUUCUUCAUCAGUUGUGAAAAGCUGCAGUGUCCCGACACUUUGAAAAUCAACAGGAAAUCUGAGGCAGUACUGACAAUGACAUAUUCGCCUUUAGUGGUUGGCGAAACUGAAGACUAUUUGGAGGUUUCAAAUGAUUUAGUCGGCACUUUUGUCUACAAAAUAAUACUAAAAUGUCUACCUGCAAAGGAGAAAAACCUUGAAUACACCGCUUCACUGGGAACUAAUAUGCCAAUCCGUCUCAGGGUGCAUAACAAGACUGAUUCCAGGGCUGAGUUUGAGUGCACGGUAUCUCACCCAUCUAUACAAGCUGAUGAACGUUACACACUGAGUGCACAAGAGAAAGGGAAGUUUUUGGUAUGGUUCGAGCCAACUGAGCUUGGCGUACAAACCAGUAGAAUUUCUUUCAAUUCAGUUGAUGCUGGUGAAUUUGUAUACAUUAUAAAAGGAACUGGAACAGAACCGAAACCUAAAGGGCCUUACGAAAUUAGAGCUGGGGGAUCCAUAAUUAUAAAGUUUAAAAACGUUUUCGAUGAUACGAGAAUGUUUAAAAUAUAUGUUGACAAUGAUGAAUUUUAUGUGAAGACUUUGUAUGAACCAAUUCGACCUAAAAAGGAUCUCAAGAUUCAAGUAUCCUUGGUAGAAAGACCAGUAACAGGGUGGACUGAAAUGCCCACUGGCGCUCUCACUGUUGAAAACUGCGAGCCACCAAACCCAAAGGUUCAUUGGACUUACUUCUUGCAAGGAAUACCUUGAUGCCUGCUGUGAUCUGUAUUAUUCUUAUCUUCAAUAUUAUUAUUAGAUUUUUAUCAUAACUCAAAUAUAGCUAUUAAAUGGUUUUUUAACUAUUAUUCUAUAGUAAACACAGGUUUAGUAAGACAAUUUUUUGAUCAAAUGAUGGAUUUAUUACCAGUCACUUACACUAAAUUCUUGGACAAUAUCUUCUUUAUCGUCGGCAAUAUCGUCGUCAACUUCCAUUGCUUUCUUCUUAGCUGGCUUCUUCUUUUCUUUUUUCUUCUUUACUGAUUUUGCCUUUGGAGCCGGCGUGUCGUCAUCAUCAUCUCCUAGUUUAAAGUGAUCAUCCUCACCUUCAUCGUCAGAUGGGAACAGUUCCACCGGGCCCUUAUCCUCCGGUUGCGCGUUUUGUGCCGCGUCCUCAGACAGCUUAGCCCGUUUAAUCUUAGGCAACUCACCAGCAAUCUCAUCAUUCUUAGUAAUCUUCUUACGUUUUUGUAUCUUGUUGAUUUUACUCCAGUUCUCGAAGAAUGUUUGCAAAGGAGUUCCUUUCGUCUUUAUACUAGUUUCCCAGGCUGCUAACAUCUUCUCAUCAGUCAAAGAGAAACUAAUCUUGGCUCUCUCUCGUUCUAUAAAUUUAGAGUUCUCCUCAAUUUUAUCCACUAAUUGCCUCAUUUUUUUCGUGUAGUUUGAUACUGAACAA